CACUUUAUUCCAUUUAAGUUUUGAACAGGUCGUCAAAGAUUCAAUAGAGCAGAGAAAUUGUUUCUUACCAAAUGAAUCGGAUUCGGUACAAUAAAUUUAAUUUCACCAAAUAACGCCUUCUCACGUAUAGUUAGCAAACAGUAGGUAUAUAUUUACCUCGGACAAGUAUAUAUAUACUCUGUGGGAUACGAGUUUUGAUAUUGAUGUAUUUUAUGGCUUCGACGCGUGAAGGCGAGUUUUGAGACCGGAUAUAGGACAAUUUGGAAAAGAUCGGUGUGAAACAAUCGAGGUUAUCGACUGGAAGCGUCAGGUUGUCAUCUCCGGCAAAGUAGUUCAGGUGGAGAUAUGACUGAUUACAGCACCAACAACAACAACCGAGGCAAUAAGACAGGGUCCAGGAGACAAGAUGUCCACAAAGAUCCUGACAGGAUUCCUCCAGAGGACAUUCUAUGUUGCUGUCCGCCCACCUGCGCUCCAUCCUGGAUACAAGGACUUGCCAACCCGAAGUUUUUCACAUUUCACAUGAUGGUAAUCACCUCAUUCGCAAUGAUGUCGUACGUUUACAUCGGCGCCGUCCUUACUACCAUCGAGCGGAACUUCCAGCUGGACAGCGCCCAAUCCGGUGCCGUCACCAUUGCAGCAGACAUUGUCAGCACCCUAUUCGUCAUCCCCCUUAGUCACUAUGGCCAUAUGGGGCAUCGUCCUCGUUGGAUCGGAACAGGGAUGCUGGUGACUGCUGUCGGCACCAUGAUAUGUUCUUUCCCUCAUUUUCUCACGGAUCCCAUCGACCCGAAGGUCAUCCUGACCGGAUCUGUUGACGCGGUUGAAGAUCUAUGCAGUGCUGGUGAUGAAGGUCUGAACGUAUACGAAGCUUCACAGUCCUGGUCAAAUGCAUCGGAUGGUCAUUAUGGAGUCCAUCCCGAGGAAAGAUCUUCGAAGGGUGACCUAAGGAGUGUGUGGUGGAUCAUCUUCGGUCAGAUCAUAAGUGGUAUAGGGAACGCCCCUUUCGUCGCUCUUGUCGUUACCUACAUCGACGAUAGUGUCAAGAAGCACAAUAUCACUGCUUACACAGCUGUUCUUUUCAUGGCGUUCACAUUCGGUCCGAGCUGUGGCUUCCUUUUUGCUGCCUUCACAACGCGCCUGUACGUCGACUUCGAUCGCGUGCCGAGUGACCAGAUUCCCAAGAUCAGCCAAAACGACCCUCGCUGGAUCGGAGCCUGGUGGCUUGGGUUUGUGAUCCUAAGCAUCAUCCUGGUGAUUCUCAGCAUUCCUAUCUUCUUCUAUCCGAGAAUACUGCCCUCUGCGGUGAAAAAGUGGAAGGAAGAGAAAAAAGACGCAGAGGCUGGUGAAGAAAACCAGUUGAAUCGAAAGUCUAUGACUGUGGAUGAGGAGGAGGAGGACAAUGAUCUGCGGGAGAGAAGCGGGUCAAUAUACGCACAUCUCGAUGGAGGCAAUGCAGUGGAAACGGUUAUAAAAGGUCCACUUCUUGCAAUGAAACGUCUCGUCUGCAACCCUACCAACAUGUGUCUCGUUGUUGAUGAAACGGCCUUCAUAUCACUCAUUGCCGUAUUCGCAGCUUUUGGGGUCAAGUACACCGAAACACAAUUCUCACUCAGUCCCUCAGAAGCUGCGCUCGUUACAGCCAUAGUUCUAGGUCCGUCAAAUAUUAUCGGCAAUAUCUUCUCCGCGUACAUUUGUAGAAGAUUUAGAUUGAACUCCAAACAGUGUGCUCUUUUCGCCCUGGUGUGUGCCAUUCUUGGUUUCAUUCUUUAUCCCAUGGGGAUGCUCCUGGGGUGUGAUAAUGUUCCUAUUGCGGGGGUGACCCACUCCUAUGACGGCGUACCAACCCACCCCGACUAUUCUUCUAUAAGUAACGGAUGUAAUAUACAUUGCGCAUGCUCAGAUGAAGUCUUUCAACCAGUGUGUGGUUCAAAUGGUUUGACCUACAUUUCACCUUGCCAUGCAGGAUGUACGAAAGAACUCAAUCUUGAGUUUAAUGGGACCACAGCAAUGCCAAAUCCUUUUACCAAUGAAUAUAAUUACAGCGACUGCAGCUGCAUCAGUAUGACCAACACCUCGACAACAAAUCUUUUUGAGUCUUCAACUUCCGGUUCUGUUGAUGCUUCGGCCGGAAAGUGCCCCGAUCCAACCUGUCAGGGGGUCAUCCCUAUUUCAAUCCUGCUUUCGGCUAUCUUCUUUCUACAGUCGGCUUCGACCAACCCGAUUACGUAUAUUGCUCUCAGAUGUGUAAGAGAAGAGGAUCGAUCGAUGGCUAUCGCCUUGAGAUCGGUAUCGGCGCAUUUCCUUGGUUUCUUCCCUGCUCCGAUCUAUUUUGGCGCCAUUAUCAAUUCGGUAUGCAUCCACUGGCAGAUAACUGAUGGCGACAGAGGUUCUUGCUGGGAAUACGAUAACAGACGGUACAGAAUGGCCUAUUUUGGUAGCGCCAUGGCGCUUCAGGGAGUGGCUUUGAUCGCGGUAAUCUGCAUGUAUUUCUUUAUCAAGGAAAAUCUACGGAACAAAAAGGUAAAAAGCGACGGUCGCUACAACAAUUUGGAGGAGAAAGAACGGAUGGCUAUUGUGGACUAGAAUGGAACUUCGUAAUUUCACCAUAAUCGUAGCCAUCUAGCUAAAACAGUAGGAUUGCCAAUAAACUGUCAUCGCGCGUCAUUGAAAGGAUGCUAUAUGCGCCUGGACAAAAUACAUAAUUUAUGUUUCCAAGGUUGUUCGUGACAUCUCACUAUAUUCAUAAAAGACGACUAGUACGGUGACCUGUUCUUGUGUGCGAAAACGGGGCCGUUUCAUAAAGCUGUUCGCAAGUUAGGGUAAAGUACUAGUUCACCCCUUAAAAAUGUUGAUUUGAAUAAAUCGGAUGAAAAAUAUGGAAGUUUUGACACUUUAAAGUUUCGCCUAUUUUCCACAAAAACAGUUAUAUGCAUAACUCAGUGAUAUUCAAACGAGACAGACGACGAUGUCCCUCGAUAUUCCUUUUUGUUUUUUUUUGUUUGAAUUAAUAUUUCACUUUUUACGUUUUGAUAGGGCCAACUUGACGGAACCAUAUAGUAUUAGAAUAAUACUGAUUCCAGGUGUUCAGAGAGGAAUCAAUCUUUGUUUCACUUGACAAU